CCCUGAUCCUCGGGAGCCUCCCACCCCGCCUCUCGGCAAGGAGGGCUCGGAGACUCCGCUGGGGGCGGAGGAGGAGGCCGGGAGGCGGGGAGGGGGGAGGCAAACCCUGCCCACUCGGCUCCGAGCCCGGAACGGCCGCGGAAGUCGGAGGCCGGCGCGCAGGGCGAGGAGGGCACCGGGGGCGGGGGGCUCAGCUCCCCGCCUGACCCCUCUCGCCCCAGCCAGCAAAGUGAAGGCUCCUCGGACUUCAGAGCCAGCGGACGCGCCGACAGCGACUGCCAGCCGCUCCGAGCCAAGGACUCGCCCCACCCGCCCCCUCCCCGCCCCCAAGGCGCUCCGAACUCACUGGUGAGCGCGGCGGCCCGGGCGCUGGAUGCGGGGGCAGCCGCGAUGGCCCCGCGCGCGGGACGGCCGGAGCAGAGGGGGCCGCUGCUGCCGGCGCUGCUGCUCGUGGCGGCGGCGCUGAGCCGGCCCGCCGCGCCCUGUCCCUUCCAGUGCUACUGCUUCGGCGGCCCCAAGCUGCUGUUGCGCUGCGCGUCGGGCGCCGAGCUCCGGCAGCCGCCGCGGGAUGUGCCGCCCGACGCGCGCAACCUCACCAUCGUGGGCGCCAACCUGACGGUGCUGCGCGCGGCCGCCUUCGCCGGCGGGGACGCGGACGGGGAGGAGGCGGCGGCGGGCGGCGUACGCCUGCCGCUCCUGAGCGCGCUGCGCCUCACGCACAACAACAUCGAGGUGGUGGAGGACGGCGCCUUCGACGGGCUGCCCAGCCUGGCGGCGCUCGACCUGAGCCACAACCCGCUGCGCGCCCUGGGCGGCGGCGCCUUCCGCGGGCUGCCCGCGCUGCGCUCGCUGCAGCUCAACCACGCGCUGGCGCGGGGCGGCCCCGCGCUGCUGGCCGCGCUGGACGCCGCGCUCGCCCCGCUGGACGAGCUGCGCUUCCUGGGCCUGGCGGGCAACGCGCUGAGCCGCCUGCCGCCCGCUGCGCUGCGCAGGCCGCGCCUCGAGCAGCUGGACGCGCGCCUCAACGCGCUGGCCGGCCUGGGCCCCGACGAGCUGCGCGCGCUCGAGCGCGAUGGCGGCCUCCCCGCGCCGCGCCUGCUGCUCGCCGACAACCCCCUGCGCUGCGGCUGCGCCGCGCGCCCCCUGCUGGCCUGGCUGCGCAACGCCACGGAGCGCGUGCCCGACGCGCGGCGCCUGCGCUGCGCCGGCCCGCGGGCCCUGCACGACCGGCCGCUCCUGGACCUGGACGAGGCCCGGCUGCGUUGCGCCGACGGCGACGCCGAGGGUCGCGGGGAAGAAGUGGAAGUCGCCGGCCCGGAGCUGGAAGCCUCCUACGUCUUCUUCGGGCUCGUGCUGGCGCUCAUCGGCCUCAUCUUCCUAAUGGUGCUCUACCUAAACCGCCGCGGCAUCCAGCGCUGGAUGCGCAACUUGCGCGAGGCCUGCCGGGACCAGAUGGAGGGCUACCACUACCGCUACGAGCAGGACGCCGACCCGCGCCGCGCGCCCGCCCCGGCCGUCCCCGCCGGCUCCAGCGCCACCUCCCCGGGCUCGGGCCUCUGAGCUUCGCCUGUUCGGGGUUGGGAGCUGCCCCUGCCAGCGGAUCACCUUAUCAGGGCUUCCUAGCCUGAAGCCGUGGGUCUGAGACACCCGCGAGCUUGGGGCUUUGAGACCUGCCCCUGACCGGCCUGAGACCUUUGGAUUACGGCACCCCCCUCCCCGGAGGCCCCAAGCUGUACCCGCUCUCCGCAGCCUCUGAGAGCUCUCAUCAUCAAAGGCCUAGAGACCCCCCCUUCUGAUUCCGGAAACCCUAGCAGCCGAUCCCAGGCUCUGACACAUCCCUCCUGAACCAUCAAAAGCCCCCACGCCCCCUUUCAAGACUCACCCGGAGACCCUGCCCUUCAACCCGAAAGCCCAGAGACUACCUCCGCCACCUGUGCUUCGAGCCCAGCCCUCUCAGCGGGAAACAUCGCUCUAGACUUCGCUGACCGCCAUCUCCCGCUUGGAGCCCUCAGCUCUCUUCCCGGGAAUCAGGGGCCCUCACAUCCCAUCCUGGUCUCAGAAGCAGAGCACGCCCGCCAGAAGGGUUUUGUGGCCUUUGAGCCUUUUUUCUCAUUCCGAAGCUCUGAGCUCUCCAUCCUGGGUAGAGCCCCACAUCCCCCCCGCUCUGAGGGUUGGGCACCCACCCCUAAACUGAGGAUGUAUCUCAUACCACCCCCUACUCCAGCUGCGGCUCCAGCCCCUCCCUUCCUUGGCCCAGGCUUGGGGCUCAGCUCCCAUCUGUCUCUCCCAUCCCAGGGACCGGCACACCCUGUGAUAGCCUUAGUGUGGAGCCGAUCCUCAGCCUUUCCCAUCGAGGCUUUGACCCCCCCAAUACUCAGUGCUUGUCCCCAGCCUCAGACUCUCAGCUCUUCACCCCGAUCUGAGUUUCAUCCCCCUGCCUGAGUCUUAGGCUCUCGGUUCCCCAACACCCAUCACUUGCUCUCAGUACCGUCCCCUGCCACUCACUGGGUCAGGGACCAGGGAGGACUCCAUCGUUGGGAUGUGCCCAUCCCCCUGUCCGCCUAGGAUGAGCUCUCCAACCCUGCAAGACAGGUGCAGGUGCACCCCCAACCAUCCUAGCAGAUCCCCAUGGGGAAGGAGAGAGUCCUAGGGGUGCAGAGUAGAUGGCCGGGCCUCAGAACCAGGGUCAUCCGUCCAUCGUGGCCUCAGAGAGGGGUCGGGGAAGGAGCUCUGAAGGUCUGGGAGCUGCUGCCCACAUGCUCUUUCCCACCCACAUGACUCUUCUCCCUGGGGAUUCCUUGCUGCUGUGCACCCCCCUUUCCCAUAUGCCUUCUAGAAGAGGAAGGGGGCCUUGCCUCCUGUCUCAGACACAAGCCCUCCUGAUCAGGGUCAGAGCCACAGAGCCCUGCCUUCUGCAUGAUCCCAAAGCACAAUUGGUGAGUGGGGAGGGGGCUGCCUCUCCCUGACUCCCACCCCCUAGGUCAGGCAGAAAGGCUGGCCUGUGCUGCUCUGCACACAGGAAGCCACCCUCCUUCAACGUUCUGGCUUGAGGCCUGCCUUCCCACACCUACCCAAGAAAUCUGGAACUCCCUUGGGCAGUUUUCUAUAAAGUCUGCAAUAAUCUCGGA